AUGUCGAAACGCAAACAAGACGACUCUGACUCCGAUUCUUCUGAUGUGAAUCUCAUAGACGUUGAUUUUGACUUUUUCGACCCAAACCCUGCUGUGGACUACAUCGCGAUCAAGCGACUGCUGGUUCAGCUUUUUCAGUCGGACGCCGAGGGACUGCAUCUGAAUGAGCUCACGGACUUGAUACUCAGCCAACCAACUGUGGGCACCACAAUCAAAACGGAUGGGAUGGAGAGCGAUCCAUACGCUCUUCUGACUGUCCUGAACUUGCAUAUCCAGCGCGACCACCCUUCAAUCCGCGCACUGGUCGAAUAUAUCCUCAGGAAAACAUCUCAGUCCUCUGAUCCCUCGUUUCACGGCGCGCUAUCUGUGCUGCUAUCUCCCGACCAGACCGCACAGCACGUGGGACUCAUUAUCUGUGAACGUUUGAUCAACAUGCCCGUUCAGACGGUCCCACCCAUGUAUAAAAUGCUCGGCGACGAGAUCAGAUGGGCGAUCGAAGCGAAUCAACCAUUCACCUUCUCUCAUCUACUCUUUGUCUCGCGGACAUACCAUCUUUCACCCGAAGAAGAGUCUUAUCUUGCGUCCAACCCUCGUUCCCCGUCGUCGAAGAAGUCAAAGAAGCAAAAGGCCAAAAGUCAACCCGUAGCCCAGCGGCCCGCUGGUGGUAUAUACCCAUUCCACCCCGAAGACGACAUCAUCAUGCAAUGCGCAAGUCACACUCUGAACUACUCGUUCGACAAUGCUCCGCGUGAAAAGCGAGACGCAGAAACGUUCGGGAUAGACAACAGAGGGAGGGUCAUGCUCGUGCCCGUUGAACGCUUCGAGGAGUUGAUCAGACGUAUGGGGGACACUUACGUCGCUUGA